AUGACUAUAGAGCAGAGCCAAAUCAAUGGAGAAGAAGACACUGCGACGCCCUAUACUCCUAGACCUCACAGCCACAGAAGUGUUGCUGGUUACACCGACGGCUCUCUUUCGCCCGUAAACCACCCGUCCACUAACAACCCUCCACGGACGACAGCCACGGGACUAUACUCUGAGCAUGGACACUCCCUGAGCCGCAUCCGCCCUAUGGCCAAACAUUCAGGAGCGGCGGUGUCGACCUGGUUCAACGGACUGUUCACCACAAUCAUUGGCAUUGCCACUCUGGGCGCAAGCAUUACCUUCUCUUAUGUCCUGUCAAACAACGCGCCCAUUCCACCAUCGCGGACUCCAUCAUUCAACUCAAAACAAAUCCAACUAUUCCUUGCGAUCAGCUGGCUAUUGUUCCUGCUUGCCCUGGCAUUCGCAUCACUCGGUUCAACGCUUCUGACCUUCUUCAAGAAUCACUGGAUUGCAGACUGGGAUGGAAUCAAUGGUAAAACGAGUCAAUGGAGUGUCCAGAUGUAUGCCAGUUGGGCUAGCGCGCUCUUGGGUGCGUUGAUCAUUGGUGCUUUUGUCUUGCUGUGUCUAGUGGUGGUGGCUUACUCUGGCGUAAUCGGAUGGAUUGCACUCGGCUUCACUGGUUUCUUUGGUGGCGUCAUUCUCGUGGCUGUCAUCAACCAAACACCGUGGCCUUGGAGAAACAACACACCGUCAGCAUCCAGUAGGCACCAAAGCACUUAUGUAUGA